GCGUAGCGAAGCGCGUUGGAGCGAGGGCAGCGCGUUAGCGAGGCGAUCUGGGCAGCGAGGCCGGGCGCGCUGCCUCGUGCUCGCCCCUUGCGCUUAAAAGAAUGCCUCAUUCCUCCCUCCCGCUCCUGAGGCGAAGCGGCUACUUCCAGCAGAGCAGUUUGCUUGUCAUCUUCCAAAAGCCCCCUCCGGUUCUGCCUUCUUGUGGUGCCUGCGAAAAGCAGCCACAGCUGGCCCCUGCUCGGCCGGUCUGCUGUGAGGGCCCUCGGCCUGCCUGCAGGCCGAGCCACGGUCGGAGCUGGCCAGUGCAGGCAGAGAGAGCGUUUUGUCUGAUGCCUGAGAUAAGAGGAGUUCCUGUUGUGGUCCAGGAGAGUAGUAGUAGUAGUAUGGCUUCACUGAAGUAGUUAUUAGCAACAGUUUGUAGAUGUUACGCAUGUCACGUGAAUUUCGCAAGCUGCUACGGUUAAGUCAGGCCUGUAAUGGAGUCUUCCAAGAAAAUCUAAGUAGAGAAUCAAGUAGUAAAUAUAGUUUCUAUCACUUACCUGUAAGCCUGCCUGUAACUGUUAAGUAGGUCUCUUCUGCCUGUCUUCCUUGUUAUGUUACCAAGAUUUUUCUCUUGGUGCUGUAUUGCUCACUUCUGCCUUCAAAGUAUUCCUGCUGACGUAUGCUGUUAUGUUGUUUUUCUGCAGUACCACAGAGUUUAAAAUGAGAAUACACAAGUGAUACUGUAACAAGUACUUUUUAACUUUGAGGAAAUUUUACUUUUAACUUCAAGUCAUCUAUCUUUGUAUGUCUUGUCAAAAAUAGACAGAAUUAAACAAUGAAGUAAACAGCUGAUAAGGAAGCUGAUAAGUCUCUCUCACAUGAGACUUUUAUGUGGGACACCAGAUGGUAAAGGAAAGGCAGGAGUUGCUGGUCAUCUUAGGUUCACUGUAACAGAAGUGAAGUGAAAACAGGAGGAACAGCAUUCUUUCAUUUCACCUUCUCCUUCUGCCCCCAAUCCCUUCCCCUAGGCUGGUCUUCUCUGCAUGCUUUAAGAGCCUGACAUAUGUUUUGCCAUCCAAUUAGCAAAGUACUGAUAAGAGGUAGAACUAGACUUCCAUAAGCAAAUGCUUCUGCUCUUCCCUCCCUCCCCUGACACUUCGCAAAACGACUCUUCUCCGUGGGACAGUUUCCUAAGAUACAAGGAAGAGUCUGUCUUGUGCUGAAAAUAGGAGUUUCAUGAUUUCCUCUAUUUGAUGUCUGCUAGCAAUAAAGAAGUAUUUGCCUCUAUUGUAACCCAGUAAUUUUUCUCCUCUCUGCUUCCAUCAAACCCCAUUACUAGUAUGUGUGUUUGAAGUGAGGCAGAACUUAAACAGCUGAACUGGGGAGUUAGCAAGCGGCAGCUCAGAUGUGUUUUUUUCUGGCACAUUGGCUUAUUUGUCACACUAUACACUUCCUGCUCUGCAGUCUGUUAGGUUUAAUGCUAGCUGCUCUCCUAAUUUUCAGCUUGUUAUUCUCUUUGGUUUUGAGCAGGUUUAUGAAACUUAUUUUGCCCAUACUAAGUAAAACAAUAUAGUGAAGGUAUUUCUCAUGUGUAUUUGAGACUUAUUCAAGCCUAAUUAUUGUUUUCUCUCAGAAACCACUGUUUUUCAAAGUGAGUUUGACUCUGAAAAUAAAUUGCUAGUGUAGUUCUGAAAUGUCUUUGCUAUUUGUAAGAUGCUCUCAGUGUGAUAGCAAUGUGAAUGUGGGAGUUGAAGUGCUGCUGGGCAGAUCUGAAGUCAUUUUACCUUAAGUUAGCUUGUGAAAUGCUUUUCUUCAAGUGUUUGGACUUUUCCCAGAGGUUCUCUUGCAUAAACAGCAGACUAACAUCCACAUCUCAUCCACUGGCACAGAGAUUUUGCUUGAUCUCAUUUGAGAACCUCCAUAAAUCACACACCCAGCUACAUUUAUUGUAUAAUAAGGAAGGAAGGAAUGUCAGAUUAUAAACUUAUGAUUUGUGUGCCAAUUUCAAAAGGUUGGAAAAUAAUAUUUUACACUUCUCCUGCAAGACCAGUCCUUUCGCCAUGGAAGCUGAAGAGACAAUGGAAUGCAUCCAGGAGUUCCCAGAACAUUAUAAAGUUAUUCUGGAUAGAUUGAAUGAACAACGUGAGCAGGACCAGUUUACAGAUAUCACUCUGAUCGUAGAUGGUCACCAUUUCAAAGCUCAUAAGGCAGUUCUUGCUGCCUGUAGCCAGUUCUUCUACAAAUUCUUCCAAGAUUUCACUCAGGAACCUUUGGUGGAGAUAGAAGGUGUAAGUAACAUGGCAUUUCGUCACCUAAUUGAGUUCACUUAUACAGCAAAACUAAUGGUCCAAGGUGAGGAAGAGGCAAAUGAUGUUUGGAAAGCAGCUGAGUACCUACAGAUGUUAGAAGCAAUCAAAGCACUUGAAAUCAGGAACAAAGAAAAUUCAUCACCCUUAGAAUCAAAUCAAACACAAGGUAAAAAUAAACUGAAAAAGAGGAAGAUAGCUGAAACCUCUAAUGUUAUCACAGAAACAUUGCCAUCUGCAGAAUCGGAGCCUGUUGAAAUUGAGGUUGAGAUUGCUGAAGGGACAAUUGAAGUGGAAGAUGACAGCAUUGAAACACUUGAAGAAGUGGCUUCUGCAGAGCAAUCCAUAAAGUACAUACAGACUACUGGUACGUCAGAUGAAUCAGCUUUGGCUCUUUUGGCGGAUAUCACCAGCAAGUAUCGUCAGGGAGAGAGAAAAUGCCAGAUCCAAGAAGAAGGUGACAGUGCACUUGAUCCCUCGUGCAAACAGGUAGAAGGUAUUGAAAUUGUGGAACUUCAACUGUCACACGUGAACAAUUUAUUCCACUGUGAGAAAUGUAACCGUUCGUUUAAAUUGUUUUACCAUUUUAAGGAACACAUGAAAACACACUCUACUGAGAGUUACAAGUGUGACAUAUGCAAUAAAAGGUACCUACGGGAGAGUGCUUUGAAACAGCACCUCACCUGUUACCACCUUGAUGAAGGUGGCGCCAGCAAGAAGCAAAGACCUGGCAAAAAAAUACAUAUAUGCCAGUACUGUGAUAAACAGUUUGACCAUUUUGGACACUUUAAAGAGCACCUUCGGAAACACACAGGUGAGAAACCAUUUGAAUGUCCAAACUGCCACGAACGUUUUGCUAGGAAUAGCACACUCAAAUGUCACUUGACAGCCUGUCAGUCUGGAGCUGGAGCUAAAAAGGGAAGAAAGAAGCUGUAUGAAUGUCAGGUGUGUAACAGCGUGUUUAACAGCUGGGAUCAAUUUAAAGAUCACUUGGUAAUACAUACAGGUGACAAACCCAACCACUGCACCUUAUGUGAUUUGUGGUUUAUGCAAGGCAGUGAGCUGAGAAGGCACCUCAAAGACAUACACAAUAUUUCAGAACGAAUAGUGACAGAAGAAGUUCUUCCAGUGGAAGCUGUGGAAGCAGAACCAGUAACGUCAAUGACUAUAAUAGAACAAGUGGAGCAAGUCCAUGUGCUACCAGUAAUUCAGGUACAAGUGGAUCCUGCACAAGUAACUGUGGAACAGAUGCACCAGGAUCUCAUACAGGACAAUCAAGUGAAAGGCACGCAGAUAGAUGAACUGCAAGAACAGGUACAAAUUAGCUACUUGGAAGUUGAACACAUUCAGACUGAACAAGGUGCUGAGGUUCAUGUGGAGCAGUUACAUGUUGAGCAUGUAAAUCAAAUACAAAUGGAAGAAGUACAGGCAGAACUUAUAGAUGGAACGGAACUUGAACAAGUAGAAUAUGAAAAUGUUGAUCAAGGAGAAGCAGAAGAAAAGGAGCCUAGUCCAGUAGAAGAUACAAAUAAGGAAGAUCAUGAACAAGCUGAAGACUUAACUCAACAAUUAGUAGACACACGAAAUGAAAAGGUGGAUGACUAGGACAAAUAACCACAUUGUGCAGGUUUAGGGAUGAAAUACCAAAUUAUUUUUGUUAACUUUUACAUUAGUUUUUGCACCAUCAGUGAUCAGCUUUCCAGUAUGCUGUCCUCAGGAAGCUGGACAAGUGGACCAAAGUUAAUUUUCUUCAUGUCCAACUAAAUAUCUCUUAUACAUGAGAGAGAACUUUUCCAUUCAUGUAGUACCAAGGAGCAGAAACUACCAGAGAAAUGGACAGCUUUGUGAGGAUUUUAAUAAUGAAAUGCCUGUAUCACUGUUAUACCAUGCCCAGGUAUACAUAAAAGUAAUUUGACCUCUCUUCCUUUUGCCAUAGAAUCAAGCUCUUGUUACAGAUUUGCAGGGUGUCUACAGCAAAAGAAUUAGUUAACAUCUGUUGGGUUUUAAUGUAAACAGCCAGUUGGGUACCUGUGAAUUUUUUAGGCAAACUGCCAUCCAACAACAGUGCUGUGUCCUAACAGCAGUCCUUGCUUUCCUUUUAAUCCGGUUAGUUCUCUAUCAGCCGAGUACUUCUGAACUUUCAGGCUGGGGAAAAAUCAUGGAGGUCUCGGAGCACAAAAAUCCCGUGCCUUUUCAACACUGACUGAUUAAAACUUCCACAAAGCUCCUAGAGUGUUCAAGAACCGAGUGCAGUUAAAGGCAAUGUAGGUAAUGUUAUAGUGCUUUAUAUUUUUGCUUAAAACUGUCAGCAACCGAUUUUUUGCAUUCAAUUUAGAUUGGGGGGGAGGGGUUGAGGGAGAAAACAGAUUCCACAUGGAGGCAGUGGGACACUUUAAAAGGGACACUUUAAAAUAGGAAAAGCCCAGUAGAAUCUGUGGUAAACAUGAGCUGGAAGAAAGCAUCCUACUAUCGGACUCCUCUUUUAUAAAUCUUUCAUUUUUAAAAAUGACUAUGUUUAAACAUAGAGAUGAUUUGUCUAUAUGGUAUCAGGUUCCUGGGUUUUUUUGAAAUGAAAUUCUGACACUUGACACAAAGAUGUUGUGCUAAAAAUAAAAGUAAAAGCCAUAGGUAUGAGUGUUAAAUACGGAGUAAAAAGUAGGAAUGUAAAUAUUUUAAUCAAUAUUAGACAAUAAAACAGUACCAACCAUGAAA